GCGCCGGGCGAGUGGCUGCGGCGGCGGCGGCGCCGGAGUCCCGGCCGAUCCCGCAGUGCCGGGGGCGGAGCGGAGGCCACCUGAGCCUGGACGUGAGAUCCUGGACAGGAGGAGGACGCCCCCUCUUGACCCACAAACAUGGACCUGGACGCCAAGAUGAAGAAGAUGGGCUUAGGUCACGAGCAAGGAUUUGGAGCACCCUGUUUAAAAUGCAAAGACAAAUGUGAAGGAUUUGAACUGCACUUCUGGAGAAAAAUAUGUCGUAACUGUAAGUGUGGCCAAGAAGAACAUGACGUCCUCUUAAGCAAUGAAGAGGACAGAAAAGUGGGGCGACUUUUUGAAGACACCAAGUAUACCACUCUGAUCGCAAAGCUAAAGACGGAUGGAAUUCCCAUGUAUAAACGCAAUGUUAUGAUACUGACCAAUCCAGUUGCUGCCAAGAAGAAUGUCUCCAUCAACACAGUCACCUAUGAAUGGGCUCCUCCUGUCCAGAACCAGGCACUGGCCAGACAGUACAUGCAGAUGCUGCCCAAGGAGAAACAGCCAGUGGCAGGCUCGGAAGGGGCACAGUACUGAAAGAAGCAGCUGGCAAAGCAGCUCCCCGCACAUGACCAGGACCCUUCCAAGUGCCAUGAGUUAUCUCCCAAAGAGGUGAAGGAGAUGGAGCAGUUUGUGAAGAAAUACAAGAGUGAGGCACUGGGCGUAGGAGAUGUGAAACUUCCCUAUGAGAUGGGUAGUCCCAGCCCCGACAAACUCUACAUCCCCGCGGGGGACAGAAGCACCCCGGCAGCCAUGGGGCCCAUGGAGAACAAAUCUGCCGAGUACAAAGGAACUCAGUAUUUCUGCUAUUGCUGCAAGCUGAGCAUGAAGGAGGGCGACCCCGCCAUCUAUGCUGAGAGGGCCGGCUACGAUAAACUGUGGCACCCAGCGUGUUUUGUCUGCAGCACCUGCUCUGAACUGCUGGUCGACAUGAUUUAUUUCUGGAAGAACGGGAAGCUGUUCUGCGGCAGACACUACUGUGACAGCGAGAAACCCCGAUGUGCCGGCUGUGAUGAGCUGAUAUUCAGCAAUGAGUAUACCCAGGCAGAAAACCAGAAUUGGCAUCUGAAACACUUCUGCUGCUUUGACUGUGACAACAUCCUGGCUGGCGAAAUAUACGUGAUGGUCAAUGACAAGCCUGUGUGCAAGCCCUGCUACGUGAAGAACCACGCUGUGGUGUGUCAGGGAUGCCACAAUGCCAUCGACCCAGAAGUGCAGCGGGUAACCUACAACGAUUUCAGCUGGCAUGCCUCCACACAGUGCUUUCUGUGUUCCUGUUGCAGCAAGUGUCUCAUUGGGCAGAAGUUCAUGCCAGUAGAGGGCAUGGUUUUCUGUUCAGUGGAGUGCAAGAAGAUGAUGUCUUAAAAUAAGAGCACCAAGCAGUAUUGAGCCAUGAUCUGUCCAAGUUGGUAUGCAUUUCUACUGUAAAGUGCAAUUUGAAAAAAAAAAUAAAAGGAAAAGAAACAGUAAAGGAAACCAGGAGAUUUUGUUCAAUAUCAUUCUUUGCUGUUUUUCCUUAUCAAUAUUUUUUUCCGCUCAAUUUUUGAAACCUGCUUGAAGCAUUUGAUUUUAGAAAUGGUAAAGACUUUUGUCUUUCCUUAGCUUUCCAAAUCUGAAAUGUGAGUUGGAAGCUGGGUUUAAUUGAUCUCCAUAUCUGUAUCCCCCUUGUUCCAAACACAGAAUAUGUAAAAUACUUAAAAGUUAGUGUUCUGGAUGGAAAGAUGAGUGUUCCUAGUUCUAUACUCUUUUCCCCCUCAUGUAUAAAAGGAAAAGGAAAUUAAAUUUGCCCUAACGCCAAGACUCUACAUUUUCUGCCAAAUGGUAUUCAUUGAACUUUGUAAUGAUUCACAGUACAUUCUUCGUGACAAAGAAAGUAGAAAUGCCGUGUAGUAUAUAGAGCUGCUAUUUUAAUGUCUACGCAUUUGAUAUUUACUGAUUUAGGCAGAAGUGGCACUUUCUUUAUUGCAUUUCUCUAUUUUUUUAUUUACCCUACCUCUCAAUAUUCUCUUUGUACAUUGAUGACCUCCAUAUACAUGUGGCCUUAAAUAUUUUAUCACAUGUGGCAUAACAGUAUCCACACUUUUUACUUCUUUAGAUGAAUUUUGGCCUGGAUAUAAAAAGCCAUUCAUUUUAUAUUGUUUUCAGUCCAAAGAACAGGUAUAGUUUUUAUACCCAGGAAACUAUAACUUGUACUGAUUGCACUUGCCUGCCAUGGUUUGAAUAGAUUUUUUUUGCAUAGUUUUUAUUUUUAUCACUAGAUAAAAUGGAUACUCUCUUGUAAUACUUCUAAGCCUGUUCAUGAAUCUAUAAAAUGUCUUC